UUUACAAAUUUAUAAGUUAAAUUCGUGGUUAAACAUUACAGACAGUUUAUACUAAUUUUGAGGUUAGACAAGAGAUUCCUUAAAUAUAUAAAAAUGUCCCAAUCAACAGAAAAUGAAACGCUUGAAUCAAGUGAAGUACAAGGUGAAGGUUCACAAAGAAAAAAGCCAACCUGUAUCAUAGUUCUUGGGAUGGCUGGUUCUGGAAAAACCAGAUUUGUACAAAGAGUUGUUUCUACUUUGUACAGUAUUAAAAAACCUUAUGUUAUCAAUUUAGAUCCAGCUUGUAAAGAAGUUCCUUAUCCUGCUAAUAUAGAUAUAAGGGAUACCGUUAAUUACAAAGAAGUUAUGAAACAAUAUGGCUUAGGUCCAAAUGGUGGUAUAGUUACAACAUUAAAUUUAUAUACUACAAAAUUUGAUCAAGUCAUGGAGUUUAUCGAUAAAGCGGGUAAAGAACAUGAUUAUGUGAUUUUUGAUACCCCAGGACAAAUAGAAGUAUUUACCUGGUCUGCUAGUGGUAGAAUUAUAACAGAAGCAUUGGCAUCUCAAUUUCCAACUGUUAUUGUAUAUGUGUUAGAUACAGUGCGUAGUUAUAAUCCUGUUACAUUUAUGUCAAAUAUGCUCUAUGCGUGUUCCAUAUUAUACAAAACAAAAUUACCAUUUAUCGUUGCUAUGAACAAGAUUGACGUUGUCGACUGCAGUUUCGCUGUAGAUUGGAUGAAAGAUUUUGAAGCUUUUCAAGAAAGUCUUAAUUCCGAAACUAGUUAUAUCAGUAAUUUGACAAGAAGUAUGGCUCUUACUCUCGAUGAAUUUUAUUCUCAUUUACACCAUUGCGGAGUUUCCGCUGUUACUGGUGUUGGUAUUACCGAAUUUUUGGAACGUGUUGAAGAUGCGGUUAAAGAAUAUGAAAACGAGUACAAACCAAAUUGGGAGAAAUUAAAGCAACUGCGAGAAACUGAAAGGAAAACAAUGGAAAAGGAAGCGCUAGAAAAUGCUAAAACAGGUGAUGAAGUGGCAACAACAUCAUUUGUAACAACCGUAAAGAGUGGUAGAGAAAUUUCAGAUAUAUAUUUAAAACAUGCUGGCAAUGAAUCAAGUGAAGAUGAGGAGGGCACAGAAAAUACUUAUGAUGAUGAUGUAAUAGAACAGAAAGAAGUCGAAUCUUUUAAAACAUUUUUAGAAAGGCAUAAACAAGAACAAAUUAGUAAAAAAGUUACGAAUCAACAAGAAUAAUUCAGUACUAGUGAUGAAAGUAUGUAAUUUAUAUUCUAUGUUCAAAUGUCAUUUUUAUUUUAUAUUUUAAAAUAAGCAAAAAACAUUGUUAAUAUAUUGCAUACAAAUGAUUUGUAUUUUGAAGCACUGAUGUACAUACAUAGUUUAUAUUCUGCGUACAAAACAAUAAUAAUUCUUUUACUUUUUAAA